AAGACGUCGGUGUUGGCGGAAAGUGGAGAGGCGAGCACUUACAGGGAAUUAGCGCGAUCUUUUCCACUUUAAUACCUUCAAGCGCUUCACUUGUACGGCGACCAAGUUGUGCCACAAUAUUCCCCGCGUUGUUCCCAACGGCGAGGCGAGUCUAGUUGAACCGCAACUGCGCUUCUUAUUCGCUUAAGGAAGGACCCAGCGUUCACGCUAGCUAGCUACUCCACGCUACCACCACACCACUUCGUCCAUUGUGCGCUAGCUAGCAUGUCUAGCGGAGGCAUUAUACGCGGACCCGCGGGGAGCAACGACUGCCGCAUCUACGUCGGCAACCUGCCGCCUGACAUCCGCUCCAAGGACGUCGAAGACUUGUUCUACAAGUACGGCUCGAUCCGCGACAUCGAUCUGAAGAACCGACGAGGGGGACCGCCGUUCGCCUUCGUGCAGUUCGAGGACCCGAGGGACGCAGACGAUGCCGUGUACGGCCGCGACGGCUACGACUACGACGGCUACCGACUUCGCGUGGAGUUCCCCCGAAGCGGCCGAGGCGGCGCGGCGGGUGCCCCCAGGGGCCGAUACGGACCCCCGUCUCGACGCUCUGAGUACAGGGUCAUCGUGUCAGGUCUUCCUCCUAGUGGAAGCUGGCAGGACCUGAAGGACCACAUGAGAGAGGCGGGCGAUGUGUGCUACGCUGACGUGAACCGCGACGGCAGUGGCGUGGUGGAGUUUGUGCGCAAGGAGGACAUGACCUACGCUGUGCACAAGUUGGACAACAGCAAGUUCCGCUCCCACGAGGGCGAGACGGCGUACAUCCGCGUCAGGAUGGACGGCCACCGCAGCCCCAGCUACGACCGGUCCCGCAGCCGCAGCCGAAGCAAGAGUCGGUCGCGCAGCUACUCCCCCGCUCGUCGUGGGCGGGCCUCGCCGCGCUACUCCCCGCGGCGCUCCCGUUCCCGCUCUCGCUCUCGCUCCCGCUCCCGCACCUAGAGCCACUGCCGUUGUCGUCGCCGCCCUCGCCUGACGGAGAGCGGCGUGUCGAGAGGGAACAGAAACCUCGGCGUCGGAUCCCGUUUAUCAUGUAUUUCUCAUUAGCCCCGCCUUUUUGUGCUUUGUCGCCACCCCUUUCGCCCCACCCACCCUCCCCCCUUUUUCACUGUGAGUUGGGUCUUUUUUUUUUCUCUUCAUUUUACUCACAUUCCUUUUUCCAUUUUUUUCACCCCCUCUUCCCCGCACCCUAAAUGCUGCCGCUAUUGCUGUGCUUUUUAUUUGGCUUCUCAAAGCAUUAUGUCCGCUGAUCUUCUUGUGUGUCUCUCUGUAGAGAUCAGAGCAGCAGGAUAGGAUGGGAAGAGAAGGAAACAGUUCAAAUUAGGAUAAACAGGAGGAGAGGAGGAGGAGGAUACAAAUGUGGCACGCAAUGGUAUGAUGGUUGUGCCUUUACAAACAUCUAAUUGUGAGGCUGUUCACAUGUUUUUACACUUAAAAUGGCGCCCCAUUGUUUCUCAAUACUCAACCCCCCCACCAUAAAAAAAAAAAAAAAAAACAGCUACUGCAUCCAUUUUGUUUGUAGGUGGUGGCCCCCCCCCCCUUUUUUUUUUUCUUCUGUUAAAUUUAUUUGUGGUUUUCCCUGCACCCACUUAAAUGACAUCAAAUUGUAGAUAUUUUUCAGUUCAAUGCGAAGGUGUGAUUCUAACUCCUUCUCUUUGGUUCUGCUGGUAUUCUGAAGGUUUGGACUGGGCUCAUUGUCACCCCAUCCGGAGCCGGAUCAGGAUUUAGGAUUUUUAGGCAUCAGGAUGGAUACAAGGAGCAGGAUCAUUGGAGCUUUUUCUUUGUUCGUGUGUUUGUUUGUUGUUUGUACCAGGAGAAGCUCCCACGUCCAACCUUUCAAGCAUUGUAGUUCCAUAGUCAAACUAAUUCGGUGUUCCCUUAAAAAACACAUUUAGUGUUGACUUUUUUUUUUUUUUUUUUUUCUUCUUCUUUGUGGAAAUUCAGAAUUAGCAACAGUGUUGUGAUUUUUUUUUUUUAUUGUUGGAAAAGGAAGAGCUCUGAUCAAAACCACGAGGGGCUUCCAGAUGGUGGAGGGAGGGGAAAAGGGAUGGAGGGAGGGAAUGUGGUUUGUAUCUUCUUGGUCGCUUUUUCCUGACGAGGUGGUUUCUGUUUUUUUUCUUUAGUCUCCGGUGUCAUCAGAGCUUUAUUCUCUUUUAAUAAAAAUUUAAAAUGUA